GGUCUAAGUGUUUUUUUUUAUUCAAAAUCGGGGGGGCAUUUGUUAAUUAUGGUUUAUCCAUUUUUGCUUAAAAAUAAUAAUAAAAAAAUAUGUAUGGAAUUCUCAAGCGGUAUAUUAAAAGGCUUAAGUCGGUAGCAUCUCAUCUCCUCAUUUGAUCUUACGUCAUUAUUAUUAUUCUUGGUUUCAUGUGAUAUGUCUUUAGAUAAUAUUUAGGAGUUACUUGUUAUGCAUUAAUUUUUAUUUUUAUUUUUAUCUCAUUUGUUUUUACUUGUCAUAUCAUUCUAUCUAGUUUAUACAUAUAAAUGAUAAUUAUAGGAAUCCUUUGUUGACUCCCUAUUAUUUGAUUUUCCUUAUAGAAUAGCUACAAUAUUGGUAAUUAAGUUAUGUUAGUUUGAUCACUGUAGUGUUAAACUUGCUAAGUCAUUUAUCUCUUAGUCUUAUUGGUUUAAAAUAUAGUAUUAAUCUCAUUUGAUAACAGUUUCUAUGUGUACUCCAGAGUUCUGCCUUAAGUGCUUAACAUUUGUUCGCUGCCUGCAUUCUCAACAAUUCAUUUAAUCAAUGUCAAUUUAAAGGUAUAUGCAUGAAAAUGGAGAGUGGACCGAGGUCAAACUAGAAUUUGUUCACGAUUCGCAUAUCACAUUUCUUUGUUUAUAUCCUAGUAGUAUUUGUGAAUGUGUAUCAGAAUAACUUUAUCCAUUUUUCUCAUUGUAGCUAGCGACGAGUAGUGAUUAUUAGAUUAGUCCUUAAUAUCUUAUUAUGAUUUUGUCGUAUUGAGUUGUUAGUCGCCUUAAUGUUGUUCAUUUUUUAGAAAAUGUGUUAGAAUUUUCUCGUCCCAUGCUAAUAUGAUUUUAUUUGUCUUUGUAUGUGAAAUCCGCCCGAGUUCGCCAUGAACUCUUAUCUUCCCUAUUGCAUUUCGGGAGGGCCGCGAAGGCUCAAGUCUUUUUUUUUUACAUAUCCGAGUCAGCCAGAUCUUAAAAUCGACGAACAGGUCUCGAAAUUGAAAGAAAAGCGGACCAAAUCGGGAGUUGAAAAAGAUUGGGCCAAAGCCUACCUUUAUUUAUUCGGAAUUGUAUUUUGUUAUUAUUGGGCCUAAGUCCUUGCCAUUUUACUUACUAUUACUUGUUAGUUCCUAGGACAGGUGGAGAAAUUGGGCUUAAGGUCCAAAAGAAAGAUAUUUAUUUCAUGUCAGACUAGGACAGGUGCAGGUGACUCAAAUGGGCCGAAAAGCCCAAAACGAAAGUGGGCCCCAAAAUAUUGGCCCAGGCGGACAGAAAAACCAAUUUGGGCCCGAAUCUCCCUCUCUCCUUAUUAUAUAUUUCGUGUUAAUUUUAUUGUUAGUACAUGCUUAUUUGCUAAUUAAUUUUAAGGUUCUUAACUCAUAAUUCCCCAAAGGACACCCAUUUUAAGUUAGCUAACUUAUAGUACUUUAUCUUAAAAUAACUAAGUAUACUUGUCUUUUUUCUAAAUUAAUUUCUAAAAAAAUUAGAAGCUUUUCUCUACUUGGACAUUUUAGAUAAUAUAUUCCCUUUUCCUCUUUAAAUGAUUUUAAGUUAUAAAAUUCGUUCAUUCGGUAACUAGUCAAGCAUGCCCAUUGUUAGCCAAAUAUUUUAAUUGUUGGAUAACCGCAAGUUAGCGGACAUUUUGGGUGUUUUCAAACCCUUCCCGAAAUGUUAAUAAGAACCCCGAACCCCCUUAAUAGUUUUCAAUAGAUUUACUGUUUUGAUCUAUUUGAAAAUGAAUAGUUUUCUUGAUUUUUCUUAAAAAUUAAGUGGCGACUCUUAAACCAGUCAAAAUACAUUUUUAAAUAAAACAGUUAGAGAUUCAUAUGCCAGUAGAAAAUGUGGAGAACUUUUCUAUUUUAUUUCGUAAAAUGUUGGCCUAAUAUGAAUUGAGAUGGGGAACAUGACCAAUGAGGACUGAGACGUAGUAGUUAUUGUUGUUGUUGUAUAUUGAAGCUUCAGAAAUAUUUUUUUCAUGUUCAUACAUUUACUUCAGGCCGAUGCUUUCUAGGAGGUUUGUAGGACUAUAUGAUAGAGUUUCUUAUGCCAGUAGGAAAUAUAGAGAACUUCUAGUACUUUUCAUGAUUAUGUUUAUUUCGUAAAGUGUUGUCCUGAGGUGAAUUUAAGUGGGGAACUUGGUCACAUAUAGACGAUCCCAGCUUAUUUUAGACUGAGACGUAAUUGUUGUUGUUUAUUGAAGCUUAAAGGAUGUGUUUGCUCUUCUCAUGUGUUGACAUGGGGAAUAGGUACAAUAAAAGUCUUCUUGGGGAUAAACUAGGGAAGUUCCCUGUGCCUUUACUGAUAAACACUGUGCACUUUGCGAUGCAAGCUGUUUUGUCCAAGGCCAUUACCGGGUUUUGGCAUCAACGAUUUCAACCUACAGUGAUGAUGUCUUGGAGAGACUAUUCUUUGAAAGUUGUACCGACAGCUCUUACAACAGCAAUGGAUGUGAACCUCAGCAAUGCAUCCCUUGUUUUCAUCUCAGUCACAUUUGCCACUAUGUGUAAAUCUGCAUCUCCCAUCUUUCUCCUAUUCUUCGCAUUUGCUUUCAGGUUGGAGUCUCCAAGUGUAAAGCUGCUGGGGAUCAUCUUGGUCAUUUCUGUUGGGAUACUAUUAACAGUUGCAAAGGAGACAGAAUUUGAGUUUUGGGGAUUUGUCUUUGUUAUGCUUGUUGCAGUCAUGUCUGGAUUUCGAUGGACUAUUACUCAGAUUCCUCUGCAGAAAGAAGCCUAUGGUUUAAAAAAUCCACUCACACUAAUGAGCUAUGUUACUCCGGUAAUGACUCUUUCAACUGCUGUGUUGUCCCUUAUUUUUGAUCCGUGGCACGAAUUCAGACACACCAAUUACUUUGAUACGUCAUGGCAUAUAGCUAGAAGUUGUUUGUUGAUGCUUUUUGGCGGAACUUUGGCUUUCUUUAUGGUGUUGACGGAAUAUAUUCUUGUGUCUAUCACAAGUGCAGUAACAGUGACAAUAGCGGGAGUUGUAAAGGAGGCGGUAACUAUCUUGGUUGCUGUGUUUUAUUUUCACGACGACUUUACCUGGAUGAAAGGGUUCGGUCUCCUGACGAUAAUGUUUGGUGUCAGUUUGUUUAACUGGUACAAGUAUGACAAAAUACAUAAAGGUAGCACAAGUGAAGAUGAAACUGGAUCACCAUUAGUAAAUGCAGCUACCAAGUAUGUUAUACUUGAAGAAAUGGAAGAUCAAGACCACAGUCCUUGAAGUUUUAGUCAUAGUCAUAGUUUAUUUUAUUUGUAAUUCGCAGCAAACAUCCCAUUUUUUUGUUCAUCUGGUUCGGUAUACAAUU